AUUUUUAUACCCUUUUUGUUUCUCUUUUCACUUCAUCAUAUGUAGCAGCUUGAAGAAAUUCCCCAUUGAAACAUCUUGAGCUAAAUCAGUUUGGGGUUUGCUUGGUUGGGUGGUUUUGGAUUGAUGGUCUGGUCUGGUUUGGUGCACCAAGAAACGAGCUUUAUUAGUUCCCGUCAUGCUAAUUUUUAGCUGGUGAAGAACACAAAACCCAGACAUGAAGUUUAUGAAACUUGGAUCGCGACCAGACACCUUCUACAGUGUUGAGGCUGUUAGGUCUGUCUCUUCUGAUGUCUCUAGUGACCUUAUAAUUCAAGUGAAAGGAAGCAGAUAUAUGCUUCACAAGUUUCCUUUGUUGUCAAAGUGUUUGAGGCUGCAAAGGAUAUGUUCUGAAUCCCCUGAAACAUUACAACGACAAAUAAUCCAGUUACCCGAUUUCCCUGGCGGGAUCGAGGCUUUUGAGCUUUGUGCUAAGUUCUGUUAUGGCAUCACGAUCACCCUCAGCGCCUAUAACAUCGUCGAGGUCCGAUGUGCUGCCGAAUAUUUGCAGAUGACCGAAGAUGUCGAGAAAGGGAACUUGGUUUACAAAGUUGGUGUUUUCUUCAAUUCCUGCGUCCUGCAUGGUUGGAAAGACACUAUUGUGACCCUGCAAAGCACCAAGGCGUUUCCUUUAUGGUCCGAAGACCUCGGGAUCACGAGCAGAUGCAUAGAAUCGAUUGCGUCGAAAGUUUUGACGCACCCUUCGAAGGUCUGCCUGUCGCAUAAUCAUUCGAGGAGGGCUAGGGAUGAUAUAUCAUGUAAUGAAGCCGAGAGCCAGCGUCACCGAUCGACAAUCAAAGGUUGGUGGGCUGAGGAUGUUGCUGAGUUGAGUAUUGACUUGUACUGGAGAACCAUGAUAGCUAUUAAAUCUGGUGGGAAAAUACCUUCUAAUCUCAUCGGUGAAGCGUUGCGAGUAUAUGCAUCUCGAUGGCUACUGAACAUAUCGGGAAAGGUAAACACUAACAAAGAAGAAGCAACGGCAUCAAGCUCGGAUUCGGAUUCGGCUAAUGAGGUUACAUCGAAGCACAGGCUGCUGUUGGAAUCUAUAGUAAGCUUACUCCCAUCGGAAAAAGGUGCCGCUUCUUGCAGUUUUCUACUUAAGCUCUUGAAAGCGGCCAACAUUCUUAAUGCUUCAUCAUCUUCGAAGAUGGAAUUGGUUCGAAGAAUAGCACUUCAAUUAGAGGAAGCAAGAGUCAGUGAUCUGUUGAUACCUUGUUUAUCACACUCGAGCGAAACCCUCUACGAUGUCGACAUGGUUCAGUCCAUUUUGGAACAAUUCAUGUCACAAGGACAAAGCCCUCCUACGAGCCCUCCAAGAUCCAAGCUGGGGAUUGAGAGGAGAAGGAAGUCGCGUUCGGCCGAGAUUGUCGAUAUCGAGCUUCAGGAAGCUAGGAGAUCUUCUUCUGCAUCACAUAGUUCCAAACUAAAAGUAGCUAGAAUUGUUGAUGGAUAUCUCCUAGAGAUCGCCAGAGACAAAAAUCUUCCCCUGUCUAAAUUCAUUGCUAUAGCUGAGACUAUACCGAAUUUCUCCCGGCCUGAUCACGGCGAUCUCUACCGAGCCAUCGACAUUUAUCUCAAGGCACACCCGGACCUAAACAAGAAUGAACGAAAAAAGCUAUGCCGAAUCCUCGACUGCAAAAAGCUGUCGGUCGAGGCCUGUAUGCAUGCUGCUCAAAAUGAAAAGCUUCCACUUAGAGUAGUGGUACAAGUUCUGUUCUUCGAGCAAGCUCGAAGAGCUGCUACUGGUGGAAAAGUGACCGAGCUCCCUAGCAACAUCAAGGCACUUUUAGCCUCGCAUAACAUCGAUCCAUCUAAGCCUCCAGGGCCUUUAAGAACUACUACUACUAGCAACAUUCCAGCAGAUGACCAAUGGAGCAUGUCGGGCAUUAAGACCCCGAAGUCCAGAGCUUCGACGUUACGGACGAAGGACGCUCGAGACGAUGAUUUGGAUGAAAACGACAUGAACCCCGACGGAAUCGGAAGAACUUCCAUGUUCAAGGCUUUCUGUGCUCUUCCUACCGGACCCAAAAGAAUGUUCAAUAAGUUGUUGUCCAUCAAUAGAAGUGGCACUGAAAAGAAUUGAGUGAAGUUUUGUUUAU